ACCCCACUAUACCACGACCCCGCAUUUAGCGCGAUUGAAGUUUUUGGACCCCAAACAUUGCAUUAUAGCGGAGUUUCAUGUAUUUGGAGAUUUAGAGAAAUAUAAACGGUUCUUAGCUGCAGUCCAUUGAUGUACGAUAAGAUCCCAGGAAACCGUCACAAGAUUUAGGGCCUGAGUUAGAUCUUAGUCAACUCUCGCUGUAAAUCUGGAGUAACUCCAUUGAAUUUACACUUGUACAAUUGAGAUCACUGGCCUUGGCUCUCAGUAACUCUGUUGAAGUCAGUGGAAUCACACCACUAUCAGAUUGGUGUGAGAAGAGAAUUGUGUCCAAAACCUGGCAUGUAAUUUAUACCAUGGAUGAGGUCACUGUUGGUCUCAGCCCUUUGGCUUUAAUGUGAGGCUUUAAAUUUGCCAUAGGAAAAGAAAUAAAAGCCCUUUUACGUUCAGGGACAUUCUGUAAUUUCCUUCUGAGAUGGUGAAAUUCCAUCUUGGGCAAAACUUCCUUCUCCUUUUCGUGUGCUUCUGACUAGGAACCUUCCAUGCAUGUUGGGCUCCUACUGUCUAGUCACCAAAGAUCCAGGACGCUCAGCGGAAAGAUGAGCCUGAGGAUUCUGUUUCUCUUAGCUGGCUCGUUGGCAGGUCCCAGCCUAACUCCCGCCCCACUUUUUUACCUGGACAUGUCUUCCGACCCCCCUGCCCAAGAAGACUCCACCCGGCUUGUCUGCAUCGCGCCGAGAGCCUAUGUGGACAGCGAGUUCUGGUUGCUGAAGACAGAUCUGGUUCAGCCCGUACAGACACUGUUUGCCUCGGAGGCCCAGCAUCGCGUCACCUUCAUCCUGUGGAACGUCACCGUGAAGGAUGCCGGGCAGUACUGGUGCCGGUACCGCAGCUACAACGGGAGUGCCAGGCAGAUGUCAGAGUUCAGCAAUGUGGUGGAGGUCGCAGUGUCAGCAACUCCAAGUGCCCCUCCCCCAGCUCCCACGGCUGCUCCACAAGCUUCCCCGUGGCUGCUCCCUGUGACCCUCAGCGUGGCUGGAGCUUUGCUUCUGACCGUGAGCCUCGUAGUAGCAGUCGUGGCAGUCAGGCGAGUUAAUGCCAGAAGACAACAGCUGAAAAGGGAUCGGGAAUCGUGCUGGACAGAAACGAACUUUCCCACAACAGACAUAUCGUUCGAUAACUGCCUGUUCACCGUCUCGGAGAAAAUGGACCUGGAAGCCACAGGCAGCCAAGAUGCCUGCAUCUCCCCAGGCUCCAGGAAAAGACUCAGCUCCGCUUCCGCUCUGGGAACCGACAGCUUCAGCACAUUCAAGUCCUUGCAGUGACGGCCUGGGUGGAGGCUGGCCCUGGAUGCUCCAGCUAGCGACCCCCUGGUCUGAGCCCCGGCCCUUUCCUUAGUCUUCCUUGGGCUCGGGGUCACCCCCAGAACGAGGCGUCUGCCAGAGGGACCAUUACCAGGGUGCGAUUAUACAUCUUCAUUGGGAGGAGAAUGAGCUUCAGUUAAGCCUUGUGCCCUCCAGGACCACGUGACAUGGACACCAUGAAAAGAUGCCCAGAAUCUAGUCUACCUCCCGCAUUGUGAGCAGUGUCACUGGCUCAGCUCUGGAGCUGAAUCGAUCCCUGGGGCAGAUGCUGGAAGCAGGAAGAUCCCAGCUGGGGUUGCAUAUCUUUGGGUCAGGAUUUGUGUGGCUGGCAGUGGAUUCUUCCACCGUAGCCGGAAUGACAUUCACAUGAGCCAGCCAAACCUUUCUACCCCUCCGCAAUCCCCUUCCUCCAAGCAGUGCUUCCGCAGGAUGACCCGAGAUGGGGGGAGAGCCAAAGACUCCAUAAAGACGAC